GGGGGCCGGAGGGGGCGGGACAGGGCUGGAAGGGGCCCAGCAGCGCUGCGGGACCGGCCUCGCCGCUGAGCUGCGUUUAGGCCGGGCUCGGCACACCGGGCACGGGUGUCUGGGGCAGGACAGGGAGGGAGGAUGAGCAGGGACAUCGCUGGAACCUGGAUCGGGACGUUUGGGGACUGCAGCGUGCUCGGAGGGGUCGUAGCCAGGCUGGUACCGGUGCUCUGGGACCAGCAAUUGGGGUUGCUGUGCCUGGGGCCUUGGCAGCAGUGAGGUGACAACCCCCUGAAGGCUGGGGGACCCCCUUUUCCAGGGGGGACAGGUGGCUUUGAUGCUGUUUUAUUGUCCCUCCAAGCAGGGAAAAGGGAGCUGAGCUCUGCAGCAGCUCCCGAGGAAAAUGAGGCUGCGUUGGGGUAUUGGGAUGGAUGGAGAGGGCUCUGCGCCCCAAACCUGGGACUCUGCCCCCCAUUCUUGGUCUCUGCACCCCAAACCAGGGCUCUGCAGCCUGAUCUUGAGGUCUGUGGGUGAAAAAUCCAUCUAUCCCUGUGCUGCCAGCAGUGGGAGAGCGGUGCCUGUUCCCUUCCCAAUGCCUCAGGCUUGAUUUCCCAGGGAUUUGAGCAGCAGGUCAGGGGGAUGUCGGAGCAGCUCCAUGCAACGCUCCGGGGAAGAGCUUAGUUAACAAAAAAAAGCGCCAUAAAUCGUUCCCCGAGCUCCUCCACCCCCGUUUCCUCGCUCAGGGGAGAUUGAUGCUGCUCUCCUAAUAGGAAAAUACCUCUGGGUUUCAUCCCAGUGCUGAGCACCGCAGUCUCUUUCGUGGUGAUGCCUUGGAAAUCUGCUUGACUUGCUGCUUAGAGCUCAUUAGAGAGGGAGGUUUUGGGGGUGGAAGCUCUGAAAGAAAGGAAAAAUCAGAAAUUCCUUCUAAUUUCCAGAAGAAAUUGGGAAGAGAUGGAGGGGGUUUAAAGGGGAUGUUUGUCCUCCUGCAGGGAAAGCUGGUCCUGAAAACUUUGCUAUUUUCAUAUUAAAAAUAAUUGGGAAGCAGGGAGAGGAACAGAGCCCCUUGCUUGGGUACAGGAGCUUUUCAGGGCGUGAAAAGAGGCAGUUUAGGGUAAAUCUCUGUCACGUUGGUCUGUUGAGAUGUCAAUUUUCAGCACUAAACAGCAAAGUGUGCCUUGAGCUGAGCUCAGCCCGGGACACGAGCCCAGCCAGGAUGGGACUGUUUUAUCCAUUGCACAGGGGGAUCUGUGCCAGAGGGAGGAGGGCGGGGAGGAGCUGGGCACCUCCCAGCCCCAUCCCAGCAUCGCUGUCACUUCGGGUGACAUUAGGGCUCCCCCUCCUCCUGUUACCCCAAGGAUGGGCUGUGUGCCCCUGCAGAGGGGGCCAGGCCAGCACAGGUGAUAUUCCGUGUCGUGAAAUUCCCACUUUUGCCCUUUAAAAUCCAAGCCUGGAUGGUUUGGGGGGGGAGAGUUGAUCACCUCCCGCAGUGCCUGAGGCUGUGAGCAUCCGAGGGGAGCUGGAAUUUGGGGCCCAGAUAUUGUGGGAUCAUCUGUCCAAGGUGGAUCCAGCUCCACGAGUGGGCUUUGGGAAUUCUGGGGAGAGGCUGAGGGGCUCUGAGGGACGUGUGUGGGGCUUUAGGUGCAGUGCUGAGGUUGUGUCCCCGUGGGGGUCUGUGGGAUCCCACCAGCUCCCCGUGGUCUGUGAUCCCCCAGCAGGGAUGCCAGGGAACAGGGGGUGCUGGUCAGUUCCCGUUGGAUUUCCUUGUUGGGUGUUUUUGGGGAUUCCAAACCCCCUUCUCAUAGCAGGAACAGCUGGCUUGGAUAAAUCCCCCUCAGCAUCCGUGCUGCCUGUGCUGGGAUCUGCCUGGCAGAGCAGCUUCCUUUGGACUCGACUGGGAAAAGCCCUGUCGGGGGAGGGGAAGGCGACGCAGCUUUCCCGCUGCAGGAGCUGAUUCCUGGGCAACAGCAUCCCCUAAACCCCGCAGUGACCCCAAAAUGGGGGAAUGGGGCUGCCCCCCUGGGCUGGGGCCAGGGCACCCCUCGGGAGAGGCUGAGAAACUGCAGGAGGCAAAGGAAGGUUUCAGCUGGAAAAGCAGCAAAGGGCUUUGAGGGCUCCUGGAGGGGAGAUGUCCACGCACACAGAGGGGUUGGGAAUGUCGCUUGUUAAACGCUCCCGAGGCUGUCCCGCUCGCCGGGAGCGUUUGCCAUGGACACGGGGCACGUAAGCAGAUCCCGCUUCAGUGCGGCCUCCAGCCCGCCGCGCUGGGAGAUCGGGCUCUACGCCGCCGGCGCCCUGGCGCUGCUGGGAAUCGCAGCCAUCAACCUGUGGAAGCUCUGGCGCUCCGGGAGCUACCCGGCCCCUUCCCCCUUCCCCAACUAUGACUACCGGUACCUGGAGCAGAAGUACGGAGCGGCGUGUCCGGACAUCAGGAGCAAGCGAGGGCUGGCCCCGGGCUCGCAGCGGGCGCCAGGUCGGAGCUCUUCGUCCCGCAAGAGCAGCCUGAGGGCAGAGGACACCUUGGAGAGCAUCCAGGAGCUGGGCAGCCUGGAGCUGAUGGGCAGAGACCUGGGCCUGGCCCACUGCGGCCCCCUGCGGAAAUCCAUCUCGGCCGACUCCCUCAACUCCAUCUCGUCCAUCGGGAACAACUUCGGGCAGGAUUUCACGGUGGGGCAGGUGGAGGUGUCCAUGGAGUACGACGCGAGGGCGACCGCCCUGCACGUGACGCUGCUGCAGGGCAAGGACCUGCUGGAGAAGGAGGACACGCGCUUCGAGUCCUGCUUCAUGCGGAUCAGCCUCCUCCCGGCCGAGCAGAUCGUCGGCAUCUCCCGGAUCCAGAGGAGCGCCUACUCCGUGGCCUUCGACGAGCGCUUCUCGGUGCCGCUGGAUCCGGCGGCGCUGGAGGAGAACAGCCUGCGCUUCUCCGUCUUCGGCAUCGACGAGGACGAGCGCAGCGUCAGCACCGGCGUGGCCGAGCUCAAGCUCUCCGACCUGGACCUGGCCACGCGCCCCUUCAACGCCUGGCUCUACCUGCAGGACACCAACAAGGCGGUGGACACGGUGGGGGAGAUCCUGCUCUCCCUGAGUUACCUGCCCACGGCCGAGCGGCUCACGGUGGUGGUGGUCAAAGCCAAGAACCUCGUGUGGAGCAACGGGAAGGUGACUGCAGAUCCCUUCGUCAAGGUGUACCUGCUGCAGGACGGGAGGAAGAUCAGCAAGAAGAAGACAGCGGUGAAGAGGGGAGACACCAACCCUGUGUUCAACGAGGCCAUGAUCUUCUCCGUGCCCGCCAUCGUGCUCCAGGAGCUGUCCUUGCGCGUGACGGUGGCCGAGAGCGGCGAGGACGGGCGCGGCGACAACACGGGCCACGUGCUCAUCGGGCCCGCGGCCAGCGGCAUGGGCACCACGCACUGGAACCAGAUGCUGGCCACGCUCCGCAAGCCCGUCUCCAUGUGGCACCCGCUGCGCAGGAAUUAGGCCGCAUCCCGACACCGGGGACAGCGGGCCCGGAGCAGGGACUCGGUGGCACCGCGCGGGGCCGAGCCGCCCGCCGAGGGGCCCGAAACACCCGGAGCACGGACGGAGCGGCUCUGGGGGCACAGCCCGGGUCGCCCCCGCGUUUGCCGGGCCAGACCCGCCGGGAAGGAGCCCAAAUGGACCAAAACGAGCAGGAACCUCCCCAAACUGCGGCUCCCGAGCGUUCCGUGUGCUCCCGGCGGCCUCGAAAUCCGCGGAAUCCUCAAACGUGGACUCCUAGAGAGGGAGAGGGGGGGAUUCCUUCGGAAGGUGGUUUUGGGGCGGGAAUGGUGAGGGGGGUGAUAGAAGCCAGCCUGGUGUGGGUGGUGAUCCUGAGGGGAUCUUUUGUAGGGAUUUUGGUGCGCUGUGCCAGGGUUGGAAUGUUUCCAGUGAGGAUGGAAAAAGGGAGCAAUUACAGCAGAAAAUCAAUUGUUA